AUGAGUGGUGGUCUCUCCUCUCCCCAGAACUGUCUGAACAGGCAGCAGCUCCUCACUGCCAUCCGCCAGCUGGAGCAGCUGCUGAAGGCCCAUGAGACUCGCUUUGCCGAGGGCAUCCACAAUAUGAAGAGUCGGCUGGCUGAGCUGCACAACUCUGUGAGCAAGGUGGCCCCGGACAGCGCUCCAGUUUCCUGCCCUGCUCUGAAUGCUCCUUCGGAUGGUAGAAAGUUUGGAAGCAAGUACCUAGUGGAUCAUGAAGUCCAUUUUACCUGCAAUGCCGGCUUCCGCCUGGAAGGGCUCAGCAGUGUGGUGUGUCUUCCCAACGGGACCUGGACAGGGGAGCAGCCCCACUGCAGAGAUAUCAGUGCAUGCGCCAGCCAGCCCUGUCACAAUGGUGGGACCUGUAUAGAAGAAGUUAACCAGUACAGAUGCAUCUGUCCUCCAGGAAGGUCGGGGGGCCACUGUGAACAUCAGGCCCAGACUGGUACCCUGCAGCGCACCAACGCCUCGGGCCCUGCCUUCAGCCGGGAGCCGCGCUGUUCGCAGGUGGAGCGGGUUCAGCUCUGCAGCUGCGAGGAAGGAUUCCACCUGAGCCGCGACGUCUGCCAGGAUGUGGACGAGUGUGAGCUGUUUGCGCAGGAGAGGCACCUCCGGCUCUGCAUGCAUACCUGUGUGAACACCCCUGGCUCCUACAGCUGUACCUGCCCCAGUGGAUACCAGAUCAUGGCAGAUGGGAAGAGCUGUGAGGAUAUUGAUGAGUGUGUGAGCCCACAUGUGUGCCCGCAGGCGACCACGUGCAUCAACACUAGUGGAGGCUUCCAGUGCGUCAGCCCUGAGUGCCCCAAGGGCAGCGGCAACGUGAGCUAUGUGAAGACAUCUCCCUUCCAGUGUGAACGAAAUCCCUGCCCCAUGGACAGCAGACCCUGCCACCACAUGCCCAAGACCAUCUCAUUCCAUUACCUGGCUCUGCCCUCCAACCUGAAAACGCCCAUCACGCUCUUCCGAAUGGCCACAGUCUCAGCACCAGGCCGGAUUAGGCCCACCAGUUUACGGUUUGGGAUUGUGGGUGGAAGCAGCCGUGGCCAGUUUGUCACGCAGCGUUCAGACCGGCAGACAGUAGAGCUGAUCCUCAUCCAGCCCCUGGAGGGGCCUCAGACAUUGGAGGUAGACGUUGACAUGUCAGAGUACCACCAACGUGCCUUCCUGGCCAAGCAUGUGUCCAAGGUCACCAUCUUUGUGUCUCCCUAUGACUUCUAG